AUGGCCAAUAUGGGUGUAGUCGCAAGGAAUAAAUAUGCACGAUAUGUAUUCACUAUACAUCUAAUAUUAAAAUAUGAAGCAUUGUUCACAGGUGGAGACAUAUUGAACAACGAUGGAAGCGGGUCCAUAAGCAUAUAUGGUGACACGUUUCCCGACGAAAACCUAAAAGUGAAUGGCACAAAGCCGGGAUUUGUGGGAAUGGCAAAUUCUGGUCCAGACACAAACGGAUGUCAGUUUUUCAUAACGACCAGAUCCACACCGAGCCUAAACGGCGAGCACGUAAUGUUUGGUAUCGUAGUUGAAGGACAGGAAGUCAUACAUGCCAUCGAAAAACAGCUGACUGACCAUCUUGGUAGGCCCACCAAAGAGAUACGAAUAUCGAGAUGCGGCUUGCUGAACAGACGGCCGCCAUUCGUCGUCACCGACCAUCCUCGCAAUUCGACUGUUUGGAAAUGGAUAAUCGCGUCUGCUCUACCGGUUUCGAUGUCCACGGCUAUUUUGUUACUAUUCCAGUGGAUGAUUGCUCAAAUCAACAAAGCGAUCAUCUAAUGGGGCUUCUGUGCACAAUACACGGCAUACAAAUACAUAACGUAUUCACGUGCAUACGUAUAUCAUUUAAUAUCAACAAUCAACAUAAUAUACAAUCACAGUCUACUAAAUAUUGUUCAUAGUUUCACACAAAAGUGGGGCGAAAAGUGAACGUUUUCCAUUUUUCGUUUAAAUUUUACUUAUAAUACAAUUAUGAAUAUUAUUGUAAUAUGAACGAUAAUUUUCGACUGUAUAUACCCAUACAAAAAACGUUCAUGUGUAGAAGACAGCAAUAACAAGCAAAUUACAUUUUUACAUAUACCAUAUAUACGUAUAUAUUAUAUAUUUGUAUGCGUAUAGUUUGUGUUCCGUUCGUUUAAAAUUCAAAUAUAUUACCACGUAAGAAGUAA